UAUUUCUCUCUCAUACUAAUAUAUAUAUAUAAUUUUUUUUUUUCAUUUGUUCAUCUUUCCUCCCGGAGUCCAGGCUCCCGUUUUCUUCGUUCGCCCUCGCCUCCCACUGCGUCGCGCCGUCGCCAGUCCACCCCGGUCCACGGCGCUGCGCCGCUGCCGGUCCACCCCUCGCCGACGCUGACGCCACCGCCUGUCCGCCUCCGGCCUCUCAGCCCUCGACUGCUCGACACCACAGCCCACCAGGAAACCAAGUUAUGGAAGCGUCGAACACGCAGUUACAAACGGUUGCUGCGGCCGGGGCUGCUGGGACAGUGUCGAAUACUGGAAUCCCCAUGCCCUCGCCGUCAAAUUCAAUUUCCCACUCGCCAUCCGUUGACCUCCCACAAAUCCCCAUGACCCCAUCGCAACAACAGCCACAGAUGCUUCAGCAACAACAACAACAGCAGCAGCAGCAACAAAUGCAGCAGCUACAGCAGCAGAGUAGUAAUAGCAACAACAAUAACAAUAGUAGCAGUAACAACAAUAAUAAUAUGAUGGCGGCUGCCAUGGCGUCUAAUUUUCAGAUGCAGCAAAGCUUGCAGAGGUCGCCCUCAAUGUCGAGGUUGAGUCAAGUACAGCAACAGCAACAGCAGCAGCAGUUUGGUAUGACGAGACAGCAAAUGGCUGCUGGGCUUUACGGGCAGAUGAAUUUUGGUGGUGGAGGUGGUGGUGUACCUCAGCAACAGCAGCAGCAAUCACAACAACAGCAGCAGCAGAAUCCCCAACAGCAACAAAUGGGGCAGAUGGUUGGCAGUGGGAAUUUAUCUAGAUCGGCAUUGAUAGGACAGACCGGGCAACUCUCCAUGUUACCUGGACAAAAUGUCAUGGCUGCUGCUGCUGCGACUGCCCAAUUUAAUUUGCAGUCUCAAUUUUUGUCUGCGCCUCGGCAGAAGACUGGUUUGGUGCAGGGAUCUCAGCCGCACCCAGGGAGCUCCCAUGGGCAGCCAUUGCAGGGAAUUCAGGCAAUGGGGAUGAUGGGACCUCUAAAUUUGAGCUCUCAACUUAGAGCCAAUGGAUCCCUUUAUGCCCAGCAAAGGAUGAACCAGGCCCACCUGAGGCAACAAGUGUCUCAGCAAACUCCGCUCACCUCCAAUCAGACGUUACAAGCCCAGAACCUUCAAAGGACGUCAUUUAUGAAUCCUCAGUUAUCUGGAUUGACUCCAAAUGUUCAAUCAGCUAUGAUACAGAACACUUUAGCUCAGCAACAGUGGUUAAAGCAAAUCCCUACAUUAUCUUCUUCACCAAAUUCCCCUUCAUUCCGUCUUCAGCAGCAGAGGCAAUUACUUAUUCAGCAGCAAUUAGCUUCAAGUCAACAGUUACAUCAAAAUUCAAUGGCUUUGAACCAACAACAGUUAUCCCAAAUUGUACAGCAGCAACAAAUGGGGCAUCCCCAGAUGCAGCAGCAGCAGCAGGCACCACCAGCACCAGCGCAGCAACAGUCGCAGCCAGCAGACCAGCAGCAACAACAGCCUGGACAGCAGCUUUUGCAUCAACAGCAGCAGUCUUCUCCACAUAUGGCUGCCCCCACAUGCCAAAAGUCGAUGAGUUUAACUGGAUCACAACCAGAUGUUACUGCAUCUGGAGCCACCACUCCUGGGGGAAGCUCAAGCCAGGGAACUGAAGCAAGCAACCAACUUCUUGGGAAGAGAAAAAUACAGGAUCUAGUUUCACAGGUGGGUUCUCUGGGUAAGCUUGAUCCUGAUGUUGAAGAUCUUCUUUUAGAGAUUGCUGAUGACUUCAUUGAUUCAGUUACUGCAUUCGCUUGCAAUUUGGCGAAGCAUAGAAAAUCAUCAACCCUGGAAUCAAAGGAUGUAUUGUUGCAUCUAGAAAAGAACUGGCACUUGACAAUUCCUGGCUUCUCAAGUGAGGAGAGGAAACAGCAAUCAGAGCAUCCAUCAAGUGAUAUUCACAAAAAGCGCUUGGAUGUGAUACGCUCAUUGAUGGAAGCUUCACAUGCUGAAACAAGCACAAGUGCUAAUAAUGCUAAGCAGAUGAUUAGGCAGGGGAUGGGUGACCAUAUUGGUCAAAACCACAUGAUAAGAGCUCCAAGUUCAGAGCAGUUGGUUUCACAGGCUAAUGCUUCUAAGAUGUUGCAACAAAUGACACGGUUUUGAUGCACAUCUUUUAUUGGACUCCCCUAUUGAGGAACUUGUAGAUUAUUAUAGUGAUGAAAGCAGAAAUUCUUCAGCUUACCAAAGUGCUAGCAAGUUGGAACACCUGAGCAUGUUAGUGAAGUCCUUGUGUUAUCAAGUGGUGGCAAAUUUCUCAUAGUUUCUGUAAGUUAACAUGUCUUCUGCAGAAUGUAAAAUCUUGGUCUUUUUUUUUUUUUUUUUUUUUAAGAAAGGUUGUAUAGUGUUUAUAGACUGCAUCUGAAAAGUCAGUUUGUGACAAUAGCUGUUUGUUUAGUAGCCUAAAUUGUUUGAUUGUUUUUUGGUUUUACUUUUUUGAGAUUUGUCAAGUUCUGUGCCCAUGGGGGUUAGUACAAUUUAAUGUAUACAUUUAUUGUUUCAAGACUUUAUCAAUAUGCUAAUUAAAGCGUCCAGGAUAA